CCCCCUGCUGUCGCGGCCUGCCUGCAGUCUGUGGCUAGGCACCUGUACCUACGCCUGCUAGGACUUGGGCCGCCGUUUGGGGCCGCCGCUUCAACCGCCCGCUGUUAACGCUGGGUUGGGUUUUGCCCGCUCAUUGGGUCCGCCUCUGGGUGACCCGCAGCUCCUGAUCAGGCUGCCAGAUUUGAGCCGGCUGAAUUGUGCGGCCUGCGGGAGGAGCAAAGUGUAGAAAGCUCGGGCAGGCAGAUCACCAGACAGCCCGCCAUGCCGGCUGCCGUUGCGUCCCAGUGGAGGGACCGCCGACGGCAAGUGUUCCAGUCUGUGUUCCAGGCCGACGUCGCCCCUCUUGCGCCCCCGUCGACACCCAGCAGUCGUUUGACAGACCCCGGCGACCCUCUCCGGUACCCGCAGCAGCACCAACAGCAGACGCACCGCGGCCGUGGUCACACCCUCGCACCCCCUAGCCACCGCACCUCUUCGCGACGGACCACGCCGGAGCCAUCGCUCCACGCCGCAGCUCAGCCGCUCUUCCCGCCCGCCCCAGCCGACGACCAAGCGACCUAUGACCGUGCCUGGCACAUCGUAACCGCCCACAUCGCCCUGCCCUCGUCUGCCACUGCCGACGAUUCGUUCGGUGCCCCUGCCGCCGGGCCCCACCAGCAGCAGUUCUCCACCGAGUUCUACGACGCCUUUGCCCUUCUCGUCAACGCCAGCACUCUUUUGCCCAAUGCCACCCGCACCGGCGACAUCCUUGCUUGGCACGUCGGCCAGGUCAGGGCGCACUUCGCCCAGCACGUGAUCCCCCUUUUGGCCGAAUGCGUGGACGACGAAGGCGCGGACCCCUCGGGGGAAGGCAACUACUACGAGAGACACAUGGUAAUUGUUAUGAGCAGUAUCCGGACGCUCGAGGCCGCCUUGCGUCUCUACUUCCACGGUCUCGGCCAGUUGUUGUCGGGCUUCAACCGCCUGGCUGAUGCCUCUCCGGAGGCAGCCAAGGACGCCGAGUUGCUCAGCGCCCGCUUCCGCCGGGACAUCCACGCUCUCGUUAGUAACUCGGUUUCAGAGGGGCUGAUGCGGUCUGUAAAAGCUGUUCUGAUUCGCCUUGCCGGUACUAUCCUCGGGAUACCUCCUCAAGAAGAGCUCAGUACUGGCGGCGGGCAAACUGCUCGACCGGCGGCCCCAGGGCCCGCCGAUCUGAAUGUCCAGGCUGCCCGGGAACGGCUGCUCGAGCUUGUCCGACAGCUGCACAACGUAGGCUUGGCCGGCGAGCGCUUCCAGGUCUUGUUCGCCGAGGUCAUGGACGCCAUGAUGUCCGCGUUUGUAACGGGGGCCUACGCGGGGGUCUGGGCCACGCCAGACGCUCGCCCGUUCUCGGCCAGCGUGGAUACGGUGUCGCAGAGCGCUUCGUUAUCUGCGGCGUCGCCCUGUAUCGUUUCUCUCAACGACUGGGUCGAGAACCACUUUGCCCGCCUGAGCUGUGAAGUCCUGGCUUGCAUCUCGCCCAACCCCCAGGGCCCCUUGCCCGUGUCUCUGGCCGACCUCAGGACGUACCAAUCUCUUGCCCUCGGCCGGCUCGCGGCCCUCCGCAUCCAGGAGCUGUUUGACAUUGUCAUGGCCUGGCCCGCCUCGCGCCCGGCCCUGGACGACCUGCGAGCGACCAUCACAACCGCCGCUCGGCGCAAGCAGCUGACGGACAGCUUCUCGCGGACCCUCCAGACCCGGCUCCUACACCCGGGCUGUAGCACCCUGGAGAUUCUGCAGAAAUACAUCGCCAUCAUCCGCACGCUGCACGCGCUCGACCCUAGCAAGGUCCUGCUGAGUCAUGUUGAGCCCAGUCUGCAGCUGUAUCUUUGCCACCGUGAGGAUGCCGUGCGGAUCGUAGUAUCGGGCCUGCUUGCCAGCCCUGAGGAGAUACGGGCGGCGAAGAUGGCCAAGGCGGCUGGGAAACAGCAGGGAGAUACGUCUCAGGGAGACGGCAACGGUCAGACCUCGUGGCGUGCAAGGGAUCCGGGGCCGUUCACCAGCCCUAGCGUGCCACGGGCCUCCAGAAACAACCCGCCCGAACAAAUUGUGCAAAGGGACAUCACCCUUGAGGCCGAGGAAACCUCUGACCAUUCAGCAGCCACAUCCAAAGACGGCCGCCCCCGACGGCCCACCAAGCUCGUCGAGCUCGCCCUCCUCCUCAGUGACCCCUCCCAGACCCGCCGCACCGCCCUGGACCACGAUGAGGACCUCGACUGGAACGACAUGAACUGGGUCCCCGACCCGGUCGAUGCCGGAGCCAACUACAAGCGGCCCAAGAGCGAGGACGUCAUUGGCACGCUCAUCUCGGCCCUCGGCAGCGGGGACGUAUUCAUCAAGGAAUUCUCGGCCGUCGUCGCCGAGCGUUUGCUCGGCGAGCCCGCCCGUUUCGAUCAGGAGCUGCGCGUGCUCGACUUGCUCAAGCGCCGCUUCGGCGAGGCGGCGCUGCAGAACUGCGAUGUCAUGAUCAAGGACGUGCAGGACUCGCGGCGGGUCGACUCCGCGAUCCGCAAGGGCCGCGUCGGUCGCGGGCAGAAGAGGCGGGUCAUGGCCACGCCCGACAAGUCUGCCACACCAGAGCGGGGAACGGACGGGAUUGAAUAUCAUGCCCGGAUUCUGUCGCGGCUGUUCUGGCCAAAUCUCGACAGGGAACAUUUCCUCCUUCCGCCGCCGAUCGUGGAGCAGCAGCGGCGGUAUGAGCAGGCCUACGAGAAGCUCAAGUCGGGGCGGAAGUUGACCUGGCUGAACCAGCUGGGCCAAGCGAAGGUGGAGCUGGAGCUGAAGGACAGGACGGUGGCCGCGGACUGCAGCACCGUGGAGGCGACUGUAAUCUACGCGUUCCAGCGCGGCGAGGGAGAGGAUGAUGCGGAUGCGGAUUCCCCGCCAGUGCAGAAGUCGGUCGGCGAGCUGUACGAACAGCUGCAGAUGGACGAGGACCUGAUCAGCGCGGCGCUGCAGUUCUGGGUGAGCAAAGGCGUCCUGCGCCGCGUGGCCGGUAGCAGCGACGCCUAUGUCGUUGCCGAAACCCUCCAGGAACCCGACACGACCGCCGCCCCGUCCAGCACUCUCACCGCCUCCGCGCUGGGCGCACCCAGCCAACCCGCCGGCACAGCCGAAACAGCCAGCGCGGCAGAGCCGGCCUCCUCCACCGCCGGCGGCGCCGGCAAGCCGCGCAUCUCAGCCAAGGAGCGCGAGCGCCGCGAAGUCUACUGGCGCUACAUCCAGGGCAUGCUCACCAACGCCAGCGCGUCGAUGCCGCUGGGUCAGAUGGCUAUGAUGAUGAGGAUGCUGAUCGCCGACGGGUUCCCGUGGAGCAACGAGGAGCUGCAGGAGUUCUUGGCCGAGAAGGUGGCCGCCGGCGAGAUGGAGGUUGUCGGGGGGAAGUAUAGGCUGAAGAAGUGAGGGCCCCCUUUAUUUUUUUUUUUUUUUUUUUUUCGUUCUUGUGGAGGGAGGUAUAGGUAGCGGAAGGGGUGUCUUGACCGGAAGGAAGCAGGGAACCGAAGGGGGGAAUGGAAGGGGUGCGGGGGUCGGAGUGAAGCAGG